GUGGACCGCGGCGGCGCUCGCAGAGGCUGCAGCCAUUGCACAGCCGAGCAUCCCACAUUCAACAGGAGGAACCCGCGGAAGAGGAGCCCCAGUCCUCCAGCGCCGCAGCCACCGCAGCCCGCGCGCCCCGCGCCCUAGAGCGCCAUGGCCAAGGAAGGCGUGGAGAAGGCGGAGGAGACCGAGCAAAUGAUCGAGAAGGAGGCAGGCAAGGAGCCGGCGGAGGGCGGCGGCGGCGACGGCUCGCACCGCCUCGGGGACGCCCAGGAGAUGCGCGCGGUGGUGCUGGCCGGCUUCGGGGGGCUCAACAAGCUGCGGCUCUCCAGGAAGGCCAUGCCGGAGCCUCAGGACGGCGAGCUCAAGAUCCGCGUCAAAGCCUGUGGUCUCAACUUCAUUGACUUGAUGGUGCGACAAGGGAAUAUUGACAACCCUCCCAAGACUCCCCUGGUGCCAGGAUUUGAGUGUUCUGGGAUUGUUGAAGCUCUGGGGGACAGCGUGAAAGGAUAUGAGAUUGGGGACCGUGUCAUGGCAUUUGUCAAUUACAAUGCCUGGGCAGAGGUGGUCUGCACACCAGCAGAGUUUGUCUACAAGAUCCCAGACGACAUGAGCUUCUCCGAGGCUGCCGCAUUCCCCAUGAACUUUGUCACGGCCUACGUGAUGCUGUUUGAAGUUGCCAACCUCCGGGAAGGGAUGUCUGUGCUUGUGCACUCAGCUGGUGGUGGCGUGGGCCAAGCUGUGGCUCAGCUGUGUUCCACUGUCCCCAAUGUGACUGUUUUUGGAACAGCCUCUACUUUCAAGCAUGAAGCAAUCAAAGACUCUGUGACCCACCUCUUUGACAGAAAUGCAGACUAUGUGCAAGAAGUUAAAAGAAUCUCUGCUGAAGGCGUGGACAUCGUUUUGGAUUGCCUCUGCGGAGACAACACUGGAAAAGGUCUCAGUCUUCUCAAACCCUUGGGAACCUACAUUUUAUACGGCUCAUCUAACAUGGUAACUGGAGAGACCAAGAGCUUCUUCAGCUUUGCAAAAUCAUGGUGGCAGGUGGAGAAAGUGAACCCCAUCAAGCUGUACGAGGAGAACAAAGUCAUCGCUGGGUUUUCCCUUUUAAAUCUGCUCUUCAAACAAGGCCGGGCGGGCCUCAUUCGGGCAGUGGUGGAAAAGCUCAUAGGGCUCUACAACCAGAAGAAGAUAAAGCCUGUGGUGGACUCCUUGUGGGCUCUGGAGGAGGUCAAAGAGGCCAUGCAGCGGAUCCAUGACCGAGGGAACAUUGGCAAGUUAAUUCUGGAUGUAGAAAAGACUCCAACUCCACUGAUGGCCAAUGACAGCACAGAGACCAGUGAGGCAGGGGAAGAAGAAGAGGACCACGAGGGAGACAGCGAGAACAAGGAGCGGAUGCCCUUUAUCCAGUAACCCAGGAACCCAGAUGGGAGAAUGUGAAAGGCGGUUUGCAAGAAGAGGACCUGGCUGAGCAAACUCUUCUGUGCCCCAGUGAACAAAUGCUGUAGUCCAGUGCGUGUCGUGUUUGUCUGCAGUCAGCUGAGCUAAAAAGCUGUUGAUCACUGUUGUUUUUUGAGAUUAAGUGCCAAUCCCAUUCCAUGCAGUAUUAUGUCCCUCUAUCUGCGUAUUACACACUCCCCUCUCCCCUGCAUCAAAACCGUCUGUCUGUGGGUUCUUCUUGACAGUUCUAGAACAGCCUUGCAAAUUAAUACAAGCCCCGCGCUCUAUGCCUAAGAGACCAGACACGGGGAAAGACCAGUUUGGAUGGAAAGGUGUUAUCACAGAGCCCUGUCUAGCUCCUAGAACUCUUCAGGCCAAUGACACUCUUUCGCUGCCGGCCACCCUUGCCUCUGAUGAGAACACUUGCCAAUUUGGCCGGCAGAAAGAGAGUAGGUCAGGAGAUGUUUUCAUGAGCCCACAAAUUUAGAAACUCUCCUAGUAGUGCUUUUUCUCUCUCCAUUUAAGAGACAACGAGGGUCAAAAGUUUGAGCCAUUCUCUUCUACCCUGCUUCAGUGUUUGACCCUUCCACUGGUUCUUAUCCAUAAACACAGGGAGGCGGGUAUAGGUUUUUUACAGUAGACAAGUGGGUCAACAGCAUGCGUUUGAGGACCUGCCAUGUAGAUUUCUCCUCCAAAACACAUCUCAUCAGCAGGAUUGUUCCUGCUCCAUAUUUAUUUUAAGAAAACUCACCACACACAAGACGCAUUCAGAAGUCAUUCCUGAGAAUUGCUGGUGUUUGCAUGCUUGCCACCUCCAUUACCAAUUCUGCAAUUUUCAAUUGCUGGUGGAAAGUGACCACUCUGACCAUGGAUCCCCCAAGGAAGAAGAGUUCCCUUGCAGACCACAGGUAGAAAAAUCAGUGAGUAUCUCCUUCCGUGCCAAAGCAUGUGCCAACAUGUGACCAACUCUAGUGAUACAAAAGGUGUAUAUUCAGCAUCUGGUCCCAGAUGUACACUUCCUCCCCUCCCAUAGAUAAACCUCUGGUGCAGAAUCUUCAGUGCCGUGGCUCCUGGGCAACCAAGGACCAAGCCACCUGCUUACACACCUUGUUCAGGUUUUCAGCUCCUUAGGAACCCCACUCCCAUGCCAUUUGACUGUGCUUGAGAGAUGAAAAUAGCUGCCCUUGAGAAAGAAAAGGAAUCCCAAUGUCUCCCCCAGUGGAGCUCCUCAUUCCCUCCUUCCAGUCCUUUUGGCUAAAAUGGUUAACUUUAUCACUCACAGACCAAUCCGAAAAUACUAGGAGUUCAUGGGAUUGGUAUCCCAACUUUCUUUGUGUUCUGAAAAAUAUCAAAGGGCUUUCACGUUGCCCAGUUUCUCCACCAACAAGCCUUAGGGUGGACCCAACCCUUUCCCCAGUGGUAGGAAUGAAUGCAUCUUAGCAAUUACCUGUCUGUUUUCCAAAGUCCCUUUGUAGCAAAUGUCACCUCAUUCAUCAUGUUCUUUUUCCUAUCCUAAGCUUAUGAUGACUUAUGUAUGCCAAAUAUUUAUCUGAAGAGUUUCUCCUCAUGGUGAAUGUGUGUAUAAAACAUGAAGACCAGAAAGGGUGCUGUCAUCUGAGGAACCAAGUGAUGUGAGUAUCCCAAAAGAGGACACCAACAUCGUCUUUCCUUCCUACUCCAGGACUCACCAGUUCUGGGCCAGUAUCUUCAGAGAGAUAAUGGGGAAUUUGUUCCCCUAUUACCUUUGCUAAGUGCUAUAUUAUUGGUUGUUUCUCCCAUAACCAUGCUGAAAAGGGAGUCCCCUAAGGAUAACCAGCAUCCAAGUGGCAUUCCUAGUAAGUUGGGCUGAAGUGGCAUUUUCCAGAGCUGAAGAAGUAAAGAGCCAUUGGCCAUAUUAGGGCUGUCCUUCCCCCAGAAAAGUGGGAACUCAGCUACAGUCAGAAUUCACAUCUUCGUUAUGUGCAGAGGAGAGGUAUAAAAAGGCAUCCCCUCCAAAUUGAUUUGGUUUGGGUUUGUCCAACUAGCAAAGUUAAUCCAGUAAUCACAAAUUAUGCCAGGUGGUUAAAGAAAACUCAUUCCUCUCCAUACAGAAUGAGGAAACUAGAGUUUGACCACUAAGACCAAUUUCUGCCAUGAAGAUUGGGGGGACACAAGUUAAUUGUUCAAUGUGCUCUCAUUUUAAGCACCUUCUUCCCUGUCUCUUGAUUGUCAUUUCUGAAGAAGUGUAAAGAAUGUCUCAGUCUGCCUUAAAGGAACUGUGAAGGCUUCUCUGUAAUUUAAGCUUGAUUGAAGUGAACUGAAAUAUUGUCUAAUGUCUUCGUGGCUUUAGAGCUUUUGUUAUAUUGUGCCUACAAAGCAAAUUAUGUUUACACAAAAAUAUAAAGUAUUCAGCAUAGCCAAACCU